AUUCUUCUCCCUUCACAAUCCUUUUUCCAAAAUGGCAAACUUUUUCUCUCCACAAACACUUCUAUUUCUACUUCUCAUUUCUUGUUUAUUACCAAUUGCUAAGCCCUUUGUUGUCAUUGUUUCAGAUUCUAGCAACCAAUCUGCCUUAAUAGAUGGGCUUCGAAACGGAUUUGGAACAAAUAUGAGCGGAGCACAAACCGAGGCCCACGAGCAAGAUGCUGUAUAUGAAAUAAUGAAGGCUACCGGCAACGAUUGGGCUACCGACAUACCCGACGUUUGCCGCGGCCGGUGGCACGGCAUAGAGUGUAUGCUUGACAAGGACAAUGUUUACCAUGUCGUUUCAUUGUCUUUUGGUGCAUUGUCUGAUGACACAGCCUUCCCUGCUUGUGACCCAACUAAGUCUUAUAUUUCAAAGGCCAUUACUAAGCUUCCUCAUAUUAGGACCUUGUUUUUUUACCGUUGCGUUAGUUAUAACCCACAACCGAUCCCUUCAUUUUUAGGCCAGUUGGGCCCAACUUUGCAGACAUUAGUGCUCAGGGAAAAUGGGCAUGUGGGCCCUAUUCCGAGUGAAUUGGGCAAUCUUACUCGUUUAAAGGUUCUUGAUCUUCACAAAAAUAAUCUCAACGGUUCAAUUCCAGUUUCAUUGGGCCGGUUGACCAGUUUAAGGUCGUUGGAUUUGAGUGGAAACAAGUUAACUGGUUCAAUACCUAGUUUAACUUUUCCAGUUUUGAAUGUUUUGGAUUUGAACCGAAACUUUCUAAUGGGUUCAAUCCCAUCUAGCCUUGGUUCUUGCCAUUCUCUUAUAAAAAUGGAUUUUAGUCAUAAUCGGCUCACCGGUUCAAUUCCCGAUUCAUUUAGUGGAUUAAAGGAACUAAUACUUAUGGAUUUAAGUCAUAAUCGUUUGUCAAAGUCACUUCCACUAUCAAUUAGAAGCUUAAGUUCUCUCCAAGCAUUAGUUCUUGAAGGAAAUCCAAUGUCCACUACACUUGCUAGUGAUCAAUUUGAUGGUAUGAAGAGUUUAAUGAUAUUAGUUCUCUCAAAUUCGAAUUUUCAAGGUCCAAUACCAGACUCGUUAGGUCGAUUAAUAAAUUUAAGAGUCGUUCGUCUUGAUGGAAAUUGUUUUAAUGGUUCAAUUUCUAUAAAUUUUAAAAAUUUGAAAAAUCUUAGUGAAUUAAAAUUAAAUGAUAAUCAAUUAUCUGGUCCGGUUCCGUUCGGAAGAGAAAUGGUUUGGAGGAUGAGAAGAAAGCUCAAACUUCAUAACAAUACAGGAUUGUGUUACGAUGCUAAUAGUGGUUUUGAAGAAGGGUUGGAUUCAUCAUUUGAUUCGGGUAUCGGUCUAUGUAAUAAAUGGAGACCCAGUUCAGCAAAAUCAGUGCAGCAUCUAUCUGCCAUAGAUAAAGAAAUGGCAAGUACAAUCAAUAAAUCCUCUUGUUCAGUUCAUAAAGAUUCAACUUUUGUUAGGUUUCUUCAACAAUCAUCAUUUGUUGUUUUUGUUUUGCUUUUAUUGUAAGGUGUGGCAUGUAAAAUAGAGAGCAAAAAAUUUUAAAUUAUUAGAUUAAAUACAUAUAGCUAUAGCAUUCAUAACAUUUAUAUAUUUCACACAUUACCUUUUUUUUU